CCCUUCCAUCAAAAUGGCGGCGAGUUCGAAGCGAAGUUUGUAUAAUCCCGCUCCUUCGCAAACGCCACCUCCACAAAUCAGGUAUUUUGGGCUCGUUUGAAAAAUCAUAUCAUAUAGCUUAUCCUAUUUUAAAGCGUCAAUGUCUUAAAUCGUUAGGAAGUCUCUUGCUCAAGGAGUACUUGUCUCGGAGUCAGUAAUAGAUUUUGCAAGCUCUGCAACUGGGAAGUGAGUAUUUGGAGCUGGCUAUAUUUGUAGCAACAUUUUGAGGUCCCUGGUAUGUAUGUAUUUUGUGCGUAGAAUGAAUCUGAGCAGAAAAAGAGUCACAUAUUUUGGCAUGAUCAUGGUUAGACGUUUCCCAGAUAUGAAUUAAUGUUAUCACUGACGUAAUGUAAGACAAUGUAAACAGAAUGGAAACAGCAAUCAACCCAAGACACCUACAUCUUGUAGAAUUAAAGAAGCCAUUGAAAAGAAGAGACAUACAGUCGACUGUCGAUAACUCGAACCUCCUCUAGGAGAGGGAAAUCGAGUUAUCGGGAGUUGUUAGAAGCAAAUAACCUGAAGUAAGCAAAUAAGCAAACAGAUGAGAAGGGGAAAACAAGUAUUAUGCACACAUCACAGGGAUGGACACUGAAUUUGAACUGGAGUGACAUAAAAAGUAACGACAAAGAAUUGACACAUUUGUUUUGAAAUAAAUUCAGUGCUUCGGACUUCUGCUUAAAAAAUAAAACGGUACGCUGUUUUUUUUUUCUGACUUAUUACGGACUUAAAACAUGGUGUGAGUAAUCGAGGGUAAAAUCAUGUAGUAAUACUAUGAAGGGAAACAAAAAGUACUUCGAGUUAGCAGGAGGUUUGAGUUAUCAAGGGUUCGAGUUACCAAGGGUAAAAUUACAGUAAAUGUAUAAAGGAAAUCCAGGGGAAAUAGACUUUGGUUUGAGUUAGCACAAGGCUCGAGUUAGCGAGGGUUUGAGUUAUUGGGAGUCAACUGUAUAUAAGAAAUGUCAAAAAUCACAAUCUCUUCUCUCUGUCGCCAUUUUUUCUUGUCUUCUUUGAUUCAUACGUUUUUUAGAUAUGGACAGGAAAAGGCAUCCAUUCUCAGAAUUAUUUAAUCAUGUUCCCAAGAUCUUGCUAUUUUUAAGAUGGUGGCAGUGUGAAAAACAUUAUGCACCUACCCCCAGUGAUUGAAGUAAUAAAUUUAAUCUCCCUAAACUAGAGUCUUAGUGCCUACAUCUGACCCUGGGGUUGGCCUCCAAGAUGGAUGUUGAAGUAGUAUAACGCUGUUUAUAGCUGUCGGAAUCGGAAAAUGCCACGAGGGCAAUCGGAAACCAAAUUUCUGAUAUUAAUUUGGAGAUGCUCCCUAAUGUUCUGCAGACAUUCACCUGUUGUGACUUACCCUGAACAAAGAGAAACUCAACAGACCUCACCAGUUCUUUUGGUUGAUGCCACAGGCCACCACAAGAGUCCUGACCUUGCUGAGGUCCCUGUUGUUACAGGCAUAAUUAAAUCCCCGGUGAGAGUUGUGUGCCAUUCACCUCGAAGUGUGGGAAGGAAUAGAAAUGGUUUAGAGAAUUCUAGCCUUUUUCAGAGAUCAGAUAAUGUAAACACUGUGACUGGUCAUGUAGAGUCAGGGAGAAGAGUUAAGGUGGCAGGUGUUCCAAGUGUUAAUCUACUUGGCUCCAGUGCAAGAAAGGGAGAUCCAUCACCAUCUCAUUUUAGCCCAGGUUUGCGAUCUUUAAUAAAAUUAAUAAAAAUAUUAUUAAGUCAGAGUAGUCUUGGUUCAAGAGUACAUGCCAUUGGAUCAGUAACAGCAGUCCUUGAUCUUUUCUUCUCUCAAAUUAAAAUGACAGUUAAUAAUAGUAGUUUAGUUGAAAAAUUUUUGAUGAUGACAAUGAUGAUGAUGAUGAUUGAUAAUGAUGAUAAUGAUGAUGAUAAUUGGUAAUAAUAAACUUUAAAAUCAUUGAAAUUUAUCAUGUUAGUCUUUAGUAAAUAACAAUGUUGUCCCUUUAAUGCCUUUUUGGUCCAUAAGUGUAUAAUUGAACUUGAAUCAUUGAGCUCAUAUCAUUGUUACAUUGUCGGGGCUGUUACUGUAAAGCUUUUAAAUUGCUAGGUAUAUGCAGUAUUUUGGUGGGAAAUUGAACAGUCAGGUAGCUCUUUUGCUUCUUUUUUCCUUUUUCUUCCUAUAGAAGCAGGGUUGUCAAUUAACUGGCUGCCGGCAAAAAUCGCCUCCUACUUGGUUAGUAUUGGCUGGCUACUCUGCUUGGCAUCUCUUUACGGAUGGAGUUUUCUAAAUAAAAUAUCCCUUGGCUGGCCACUUACUUUGACAACUCAGCCGUCUAAUUCAAAACUUUCUGAUAACCUGUAGAUUAGAAGUAGCUAGCGGUAAUGCUCAUAAUUAUACUGAGUAGCCAUAGUGACAGCCCUGAUUGUGAUUAAUGUAACACACAAGCUAGGUUUAUCGUGGAGUAAAAAUUAAUGUUAUGAGAUUAUUUAAAAUAAUUAUGAAUAUUUACAGACAGUCUGGCCAGUGAACACUCGAUAGGUGAGAGCCCAUUGGAUCAUGAGAGUUUAGCUACUGAAACAAGAAUUGCUGAGCAGAGGCAAACAAGAGAUGCUUCUCAGUUCAAGAGCUUUUUAGGAGAAGAGGGAUAUCAACCUCCACCACUAUCCUCUAAUUUAUCAACAUCAGAAAUAAAGCAACAGCUUUUUGAUUUCUCAUUAGGUACAGUAUAAAUAAUAAUAUAGAAGUAAAAGAAAGAGUAUUGUUUUGUGACUUUAUUAAACUGUUAACUAAAGGAAAUGGUUCUACAUAGAUGAAGAUGUUAUUCUCAAUUUGAAAAGGUCAGCUUUUGCAGUUUUUAGCUAUCACUGUGUUUCUCACUUCGUAGAUUUUGUCUUGUGAUUUUUCAGUUUAUGCAAUAUGAGCCUUUUGUGGACAAGGAAACUUAGGCUAGUUUUAUCAUAAACUGAAAACCUAUGGUUAAUGUUGGACAGAGAAAUAUGUUGUGUAUGAUGUGUUUAUAAAGUGUUUACCACACCAUCCAAUGGGAUAUUAACAUGUACAAGCAGUGUUUAAAGAAAGUAGUGUCCGAUAGCCCAGGACUAGUGGAUUUUGCUAUUGGGCUUGUGAAUUCUGUUCUUAAAUGAAGUUUUUUGGGGAAUUAAAAUUAAGGAAGAACUGUAAAUCAAUCCUGCUGAUCAAAAUUUCUAUGGGGGCUAGUUGAAACAUGACUCUUGUCUUGAGUAAGUACUUGCCAGCUAACAGCUUGUCUGAAUGGCAAGCUGUAAAAUUGACUUUCUUUGCACCCUGGCAAUAAUCACAUAAGAAGGUUAAAAAAUUUUUGUGAACUUUUCAAGUUAUUUAAUUAUAAUCACUUGACACGACUGUGAAUUAUUUAUCGGAACUGCCAUUUUAUGGCUUAACAGACAGGCGAGAAUUCGCGAAAGCUGUGGGAUCAUGGGUGUACGAUACUGUUCUUACGCUUGAAGAAAGAGAUUUAUUUGAGAACGUUCUUGAAAGCCCUGACAAAAACGAUCAGUUCUUGAAUAUCUUAGGAAAUUUAAAGAUAGAGUCAAAAUACUACACAAUCAAGCAAUCUGGCACGUGCUUUCAAAAAUUUAACACAAGAGGCUUCUCAAUAUUCAAUUGUAAUAUUCGGAGCUUAGGAAAGAAUUUAUGUCUGCUUAAUGAUAUUUUGAUAACCGUGAAGGAAAUGCCUAGCAUUAUAACUAUUUCUGAAACUAAGCUAAACGACAAUAAUCAGCAUCUUCACAAUAUUAAUAUACCUGGUUACAAUUUUGUUGGUGUGAAUUCUAGAACGAAUGCUGGGGGAGUUGGUAUUUACAUAAAACAAAACCUGAAUUUUUUUCGCAGGCGGGACCUAGAGUUUUCUUCUGACGGUUUUGAAACGUGCUUUGUUGAACUACCGAGAGAAAGGCAAAAGAGUAUUAUUAUUAGUUCCAUCUAUAGACAUCCUCACGGCACCGCCGAAAAUUUCUGCGAACUUCUUAGGCAGAAAUUAAAUCAUUUGAACAACUGCGGUUAUGAAGUGUUAUCUUACCAAUAGACAGCAAUAUGUUAGCAUUGACGGUGUGGAAUCUUCUAAACAAACUAUUAAAUGUGGUAUCCCGCAAGGCAGUUCUCUUGGUCCCCUCCUUUUUCUACUAUACAUUAAUGAUAUCCCUAACUGCUCUGAUAAAUUGUCCUUUAGAAUAUUUGCAGAUGAUACCAAUAUUUUUGUGUCUUCCUCAAAUGCCGUGGAAUUACAAAACUUAAUUAACCAUGAAUUAUCCAAAGUUAAAGAAUGGUGUGACUUAAACAAGCUAUCCAUCAACUUAAAGAAAACUAAUUAUAUGAUAAUUAAAUCACCUAAAAAGAAGACAAAUAUAUCAUGGGAUGUAAAAUUAACUAACAAUGAUGGCUCCACCUACGGCUUAGAAAAGAGAACUUACAUAAAAUAUUUGGGCGUACUUAUAGAUGACACGCUAUCAUGGAAACAUCAGGUGUCUUAUUUAUGUACUCGAAUUUCUAGAAACACAGGAAUUGUUGGCAAACUCAGACACUGCACCUCCCUUUUACAACUUAAACAACUAUACUAUAAUCUGAUCUAUCCUUAUAUAUCUUAUGCGAUAACCUCCUGGGGCAGUGCAUUUACUACUCAAAUUAAAAAAAUCCAAACAAAACAAAAUCAUGUUAUCCGCGUUAUGUUCUUUGCCACCUUGUUUGGACCAGAUACAGACAGUGCAUUACCAUUACUUAAUUUAUUGGAUUUACUUACUGUUACAAAUAUCUAUAAACUACAGCUUCUUAACUUCACUCAUCAGUGGCAUUCUAAAAAAUUACCAAAUAUCUUUAAUCAGCAUUUUCGCUAUGCAAGUGAAGUCCAUACAUAUAAUACGAGAUAUGCUUCAAAAAGUAACUUCUACAAACCACGUUCCAGGACCAAUAUUGGAAAGCAAACAACAGCGGCUAUGGCGACCGAAUUGUGGCAACAGCUCCCUACCCAUAUAAAAGACCUUUCAACUUAUAACUUUCCUAAAACAUUAAAAGAAUACUUGUUGGCCGAACAAUUAACUUACUGAAAUUAUUUUAUUUUAAUCAUAUCGUCAUGUACUAUGAUGACUGUUUUCUCUUCUUUUUUUUGCCAUCUAUGUGCUUUCUUUUUUUUUUUUUAUGGUGUGUGUCUUAAGAUGUUUUGUAUGUCUAGUUAUUGUGAUGUCCUGUACAUUCGACACUACUUUCAAAGAACUAGUUGCUAGCUCGAAAACCUUACGGUUAUCUAGCCGCUAGGCAUUUCCUUCUAUGUAAUAAUAUUUAGUUUAAAUUGUAAUUGAAUAUUCUACGUGUUAAGUUACUAAUUAUUCAAUAAGUUUGACAAACCCUGUAAUGGAAAUGUGAAUAAAGUGUUGUUGUUUUGUUGUUUGCUUUAUCGAGUGAAUAUAUGACUUAUUUAGUUCCAGAUGUUUCAGCAAGCUGUAAAAUUGACUUUCUUUGCAAUAGUUAUAAAAAUAGGUUAAAACAUUUUUAUGAACUUUAUUGACUAAAUAUAUCACCUGUUUAGUUCCAGAUGUUUCUUCACAAACUGGAGAUGGUGAUCAGUCUAAUAUGUAAGUGCUGUAGACAAAUGAAAAACUUUUAGAUCAGAUUCUGAUCAUGUAAAGUCCUUUGAUUCAUAGAUGGCUAAACUUUGAUUACCUCAGGAUUGUUGUGUGAUUACCCAAAGCCAUUUCAUAACACAGCUAAGGGAAGUGGUCAAAACAGGUGUAGUAGAUGAGGACCUGUAUCAACAUGUACCUUGACCAGGGGUGUAUAGGGCUACGCAAUAUGCCACCCACGUGUGGAAACUGAUGGACUAAAACUUUUGCCGUGAAAACCUGAGAUAAGAAUAAUAUAUGGAAAUAUAUACUGUAGUUCUUUCAGUUGUUUUAGUUGUACAAGUAUGUUGGAGACUGCUAAUGUGAGGCAAUAACGUUUUCACAGUUUAAAAUUCAAAGUAAACUUCAAGUUUUACAAAUUGGAUAUUUUUUUUGAGGCUUAGUCAAUCACAGUUGAAGCGUUUUCCAUUAUUGUUUUCUACUUUCUUGUGUUUAUAUUAUGUAGGCAAAAAUAAGAUUAUUGAAAUAAAUAAAAGUGCUGAUUUUGUUGGCUUCUUUUCAGUUUACCAGGUGACGAAAGACCAAAUUCGAAAUUGAAGAAAAAGAAACAGAAGACUGGUGAGGUCUAAACCCAAUCAAUAUUUCAAAAUUGAUUAUUUAUUAUAAAAACCUGCGAGACUUAUUUCCUCUCGAUCCAUGCUUUCAAUUUUGCAUACAAACAAACAAAAACAACAACAACAACAAUCUUCAAUGAAUUUCAGGCAACAAGUUAAAUUAAUGUUCAUUUUUACUUUUCAGCUCGUAUUGUUCCCUCCAGGUACAUGGAGAAAGCAAAGGUCACAAAAAAGGCAGCGGGAAAGGUAUCAGAAAGACUUGAAUCAUGUUUCAUUGUAUUUCAUACCAAAUUUUGAAUUAUCCCAAGGCGGUGUUGAGACUGGUCCUAGGCUAGUGACUACAAGUAACUGCUCACAGCCGGCGGAAUUCCGCCAUUUGCUGGCUUCUGUUAAGAAACCUGUGCUUAAGACCCAUUCCCUGCAUUUAUAUUCUUUGUAUGGUUCUAAUGCUUCAUUCACAGGAGGUUUCACUGCCCACUAAGAAGAAAGUCAAGGCACAAACAGCAGCGCCUAAAUCUAGAGAUCAGUCCUUAAUCCACUCACACUCAUAUGACAGCGGCCUGAACUUAGGUGUCAAUACACCUUUUGUGCGACACACAUCACAACAGAAAGGCUUAGUGACUUCCACUCCAGCUGACGGCAUGGUUGGUGUUGACCCCCCUGCUCACAUGGCAGCCCCCACCCCUAUCUUACCACAGGGAAUCCCAACAUCUACCCGUGUCCAUGGUGGAGGUGCUGCAGCUGUUAAAAAAGUCGCUCGUGAUAAAUCUAAAUCGCAAGCUGCAGUUGUAACGAAGAAACAAGCUAUCAAGUCGACAGGUAAACGUCAUAAAUAAAGACAAAUUUAACAUUGCUACAACUGAGCAGGGAAGGAGUGUCUAUUGGUAGUGAUCACAAAUAAAAGAAAGACUCUUCACAAAUCGAUACUGUUUCACAGCUGCAAAGAACCGUCGGUCAUCGGACAGGGAGCUUAAGCAACGGCGACGAUGACGUCAACGAGAACGGCAAAAAGUAAUCAGUAGCUUUAGAUUCACAAAACAGAAACUUUGGGCGUACAUCACGAUUUGCCGUUGUUGCACGACUACGACGUGGCAAUUCAUAAUUUCACGUUUUGUAGAAGACCUGAACACAAGACAAUGAUUUUCUCAUGCUAUAUUUAAACCUACAGAUACAGUCCUUUCAGCAGAAUUCAACUUCAGUAAAAAAUCACCAGCGUUUAACAAGAUUUAGCUCUACGGAAUAAGAGCGAUGAAGUAUGAACCAGCGCGAAUUCACCUUUUAAGAGUUGUUUCGACACCGUCAUCGUCUUCGUUGCUUAAAUUCCAUUAUUCCCGUGUAAAAUUGGUGCAUGUCCAAAAAAAUUUCAUCUGUGGUCGGACACGAUGUAUGGACAAAGUUCAUACCAAAGACAAUCUAAUAUCUGAUGCCUAGACUAACACAAUCCACCUUGAUCACAUGUCAACUGUCACAUCAACGAAGUUAGACAGUUUUGUAAGGAAUAUUUGACUGUAGCCCGUUCGCCAGCGAAUCCCGCGCUUACCAUGCACAUUUUCAGUAAAGUCGCGUAAUGCCUCUUUAAUUGAAUCUGACCUUACUUUGUGCUUGGUCUGACCAAAAUGGUUGACUAAGCCAGACGUAUGUUAAGAAAGAAAAAUUAUUUGCAGCUUUGUUUCAGCUCUACAUGUAUAAUUACAACAUAGCUGUUCCUCUCUUCAGUGAUUAUCGGUAAUACUUCAAUAUUACAUAUUGCUCCAGCGAGCUGAUUGUGUCUUUUGAUGGUGUUAUGUCGUGAAAAUCACCUGUAAACAUUGCUUUUUUAUAUAUCUUAUGGCUCAUCUCAAGCUCAUUCACUGCAAGCAGAUCAUGUGACAGCAAAGCCUCCAGUUCCAUCUGAGGUAGGAUCUAGCAAUGAGUAACAUUGAUGUGUAACUUCUGCUACUCACACGCUUUCUGUACUGUUGUGCAGAGAUGGCGCAGACAUGAAAGCACUCGCCUCUUACCUUUGUAGCCUGAGUUCAAAUCCCGGAAGCGACGUCAUAUGUGGGUCGAUUUUGUUGUUAGUUGUUUUCUUUACUCUAACAGGGUCUUCUCCGCUGGGUUUGUUCAGUUUUCCCUUCACCUCAGCAACCAUUAUGUCCAAAUUCCAAUUCGAUCUUUGAAGGUGUCUCAAAGACAAAUUAGUCUGGGACACUUAAAGGGCGACAGGCUGGGUUAAUAUUUGCUGGAUAUGUGCCGCUGGCCUCUCAGAGCCCCUCAUUAUAGUCUAUUCUGUAGCCAUCUUAUAGACCGCCUCUUAGUAAAUGUGGGAAGAAGUAAAUUUUGCAAUCCUAACUUAGUCGCUUGCUGUUUAUGCAUCUACCUUAUAAAGCCUUUUUACUUGGUCAUCCUGAAAUGAACUGGCGCAUUUGUUAAACUUGGUGCGGUGUAAAUCUUUCUAUUUUUAAAUCCCUACAUACAUGUACCUAAAUUUUCUGACCCCCAAAAUCCUGAAAGUGUGUGUCCCCAUUCUAGUAACUCCUAUAAAAUUGCAAGCCCAUAAUAGCCAAUCCGGUCGUGAAAAUGCGACCCCAUCCGGCGUCCCACACCCAUUAGCCUACUACUAGAAAGUACCCCGCCCCUCACCCCCCAACCGACAGGUAGAUAAGUCUUUCACCCUCUCUAAAUAACAUUAGUUUAGUUAAAAAGUUUCAGUUUCUUAGCUGUAUUGUUUGAGGGUUGAGUGUACACAGCGUAAAAACCUACCUGCUGCUAGUAGGAAAAUUUAUCGCAUUUACUACGAUGUGUUUCAGGUUAUUCAUACAUCCUCGGAAAUGGAUCAGGAUAUCUCACAACGCCAACUUGAACUUCAGUAUUCAAGGGUUGUGCAAGCUGCUUUUUUGUAUUCAAGGGUAAGACUUUCAAUUUUGAUUUCGUAUCGGGGGAAGUUAAAAUUGCCUCCCUCUUGCAAACGUUUCUGCGCAUAACUUAUUUGGUAAAAACCGCUAUUUUCAAGAAAAACGUACCAAAUUCCACUGAAUCUCAUGAACACUAGUUGAUCUGCAUGACAAGGCGAAGAAGUUUCCGUCCCCCAAAGGAUGAUGUUAAUCUAGGGCAGCUUGCGUUGCGCCUUGGGGGAUCACAUGGGCCUCGUGUCCCCUUCUUUCCGUGGUCCCGCGUUUGUGAGGCAAAUCCCCCUUUUCAGAACGUGUCUUAAUCACUUUGCGACUUUUGUUUGUUUGUUUUUAUUUUUUCCUUUUUUGCAGCUGAAGCAUUCAUUUUCCCAGAAAGAAAAAGAUGCCCAGGUAGCUUUCUCAUUAAAUGAAAUUAUCUCGCGUUUUAGAUACUAUUUACUUUAAUUUAUACAUCUAGUAUAAACCUUGUCUUAUCGCGUUUUAGGUUCAGAUGUACUCGGUAUGGCAAGAGAAAGAGAAACUACAACGCGAAGUAGCCAACCUGGAGUUACAACUGAAAAUGAAAACUAAAAUUGCCGAACUAGAUAAACAGAUACAGCUUCAGGUAUGGCGGAUACAUCAUUUGCUUUCUUUGUUGGUGCAUGAGUGACUUCGAGCGGGGUUUUAGAUGAAUGUCGAAUCGUUGGUCGAAACUGAUUUAGCGAUUGUAAUGCCUGGGUUUUUCGCGCCACUUCUAGCAACCGAUGAUAAAAUGGAACAAGUUUUCCCGCGCCCAAGGCCGGCCACAUGUGUUUGGUUCGAGUUCUCAUUGGUUCUUUGAAUCACUUGCCUUUCCAUGAUUGGCCAAUCAGAGAAAGCGUUAUUCCGCUCAAAUGAAAAAAGCUCCAACUUCCAUUUCUUUUAAGUACAUGAUGUGCGAUGUCCUUUCAUUAUUUUCAUUCUCACACAAGCACCUGAAAGUCCAGUUCCUCUACAGUCUUAUUCAACUACUUUUCAAUCUGUGACUGGAGCUGGGACUUCCGGCACAGGAGAUUUAAAAAACUGUUCAUCCUUAUUCGAACCUUGUGUAGUUUGACAUGCAAAGGUUCAUUCCCCUCACAUCCACAAGGUCAACUGUCAGCAGCGGCCAUUCUUCUGCCCUGCUGCUGCCCAUUUAUUCAUUCAUUCAUUCUUGUGUCGGCAACUGUCUCUAGACUGCGUCCCAGUUGCCAAGAAAACAUUUCCAAAAGGGACAUUUUAAAACGACAGAUGUACAAACUGCUGCACUUUAUACUGUGCCCUAGUGAGCUUAGUCACCGUUUUUUUUCUUUUAAAUCAGUUUUAUUCUAAAUACUUGGUCUCUGUUUUAUUGAUAUAAUUAUUUUGUUUGGGUCACGUAUUAAUGUGCUAUACUAAGCAUUUGCAAAACUGAUGUGACCUUGUGACUUUCCCUCUAGGCCCAGUCUCCAGCCUCGGGUGUCUCGAUGCGCCCACGGUUCUCCCAACCGCGGGCCCAUCGAGACACCCACUGCAGGAGGCUGAGCUUAAACCCCCCCUCUCCCGCCCCCAAAAAAAGAAAUAGUAAAAAGAAACUUGGCUGCUUACUCCCCAUAUUGUCCACUCUAAUACUUCUUAGCUGUAAAGGCCGAAUUUGUUUUCGGGUAUUUUGUGUUUUGCAGAUGUCAGGACUGAAGCCGAUCGGCUCCAACAUGCUCAAGUUGAUCUUAGAGUACAGUAAACUAGCUGCAGCAUUAGACACCACCAGACAUCACAUGUCUGUUAAUGGAGUCUUUCUACCUGAUAACCAUGGUAUGAAUUCCGAUUAAAGUAGUGAAAUAUAAAAGAUUGACUUUGUAGGGGUAACAAAUUACAGGUAACCCAAUAGUUUACAUGAAGACCCACGAAUACUGAAGGGCAGAGACAAAUAAUUGAAAUAAACAUAUAUGGUUAAGAUUCCCAACUGGCCGGAGGCAAACGAGUUGACUAUUUACAAGCGUGACCUAGAAGUUGCACUCUGGACUACUGAGAACAAAUCCAGCUCGCGAUUAGAGCGGGGAUUGAACUCGGAGCCUCUCGAUUGCAAUUCCAGCGCUCUAACUGCUCAGCCAUGCUGCCUUCACUGAUUUAUAUAGCGGUUAAUAUGACAUACAUUUGGGUGUUAUAGCCGUUUUUGCUUGAGUGUCAGAAAAUCAAACCCGAAGGAAUUACUAUAUCGUAAACCUACCCGUAUGGUACCCGUAUGUACCCGUGUGGUGUUUUGGUCACGAUCCUUUACCUAACAUCAUUAGUUGGUACCCUUUGGUCAGGGUAAUGAAUUGUAGGAAAGAUGCCGACUAAUUAACAAUUAUUCCUUGAGCCCGAAUGGGCUCUGAGUCAAUAGCCCAUGAGGCAGAAGGCCAAAUGGGCUAUUGACUCAGAGGACAUGAGGGUGAGAGCAAUAAUUGUUUUAGUAAAAUCCAACUAGUUGGUCAAAAAUAUCGAGAAUAAAAAAAAUUUAGCUGCUUAAGCUAGACUUCAAUCUUUUUUUUGCCGCCAAAAAGCCGGCGCUUUUCGCUACUAGUGGGCUAUGUCAUAUAGCCUAGUAGUAGCUCAACCAAUCAGAACGCAGCACUGAUAAUAGACCACUAGCUGGAUUUUACUAAUAUGUUUUACUUCUUUAACUUACUCUUUUCGAUUUAGAAAUUAAGUACAGUAAGUUUGUAGGCGUGUUAUUUUAGACAAAGAUUGACUUUAGCUCUUGAUCCUUCAUAUUGUAGACGAGCUCUUCGCUGUACUGGAUGAGAGUGAAAGGCUGUUGGGAGAAAUUGAUGAGCUUACGAAGCAUAAGCAGCAGAAGGUGAGUUAGAAACGAAUGUAGUGUAUCAUUAUACGAGGAGAACGAAAACACACUAAACAUACAAACAGCUUUUAUAAACAAACAAAUGACUGGUAAUUGCUUUAACAUACUGGGCUAUAGAAUUUUCCUUUGAAGUAUUACCGUAUUAAUCAUAACUAUAACAAAAUUCUCAAAUCUGAUUGGCUAUCAACUGCCCUGAUUUCAGCCUUAAUUGGACAAUUUAAUAGGACAGUACGCGUCAUGCCUAAGUAAUUGGACAGUACGCGCCAUCAAGCACGCGCUUAAAUGGCUUUUUUUCAUUACUAGCAUAAAAAAAAAAAUUGGAAUUUCUUCUGUUUUGAUUUAAAAAAAGGGCUUACAUAUCACAAAUUUUGUUACAGUUAUGAUUAAUUGGUAACCGAACUUCGUGUCGUCCAAUUCAGUCUGUAAUCAUACUCGUGAUUAAACAAAUCGGACUCCCGCUACGCGGUAGUCCGAUUUUGUUAAUCACUCGUAUGAUUACAGACCGAAUUGGACUCCACUCAGUCCUGUUACCAUUACUUAUUCGAUUAAACGCCGCCCUCGAAUAAACGCCACACUUAAUCAGAAGAAUGCGGCGUUUACUCGAAUAUAAUAAGAAAAACCUCGGUACAAGUUGGUAAUUUACAUCAUCCAGACAUUUAUGAUUCUAUCUCAGCAAAAUAAGGGAGACACUGGAAUCUUCAAAUUACAUAAUAUUUACAAACGAUUUACGAUAAAUGUUGUCAGUGAUUGAAAAAAAAGUGAUUUCGAAAUAAACGCCGCCCUUGAAGAAACGCCGCAUUGGAAAUGCUAAAAAUUUUAUAAACGCCGCGGCGUGUAAUCGAAUAAAUACGGUAUUUUCACAUGCCAAAUCUGAAGAACUUUAAGAGUUUUGCAGGAAGGCAGGAAGGCAAACUAAUUGGAGGUUUGUGAACAGUGAACGUAGAAAAUGUUAGUCAAGAACCAAUCAUUCAGCAUUAGCAUCCAAUUCAUCCUUAUAGCUUGCAUAUCAAAAUAUUCUGAUGUUUGCUAGGUCGACUUUGAUCAACGUAGCACGCGUUGCAUUUACAGCAGUAUUCAAGGCAAAUUUACAGAGUGUCGUAUUCCGGCCGGUACCGUAUGUAGUGCAAUGUUUAAUGUAUUCAUUCUGCAAUCAUUCAGGUUGAUUCAUUUGCUAAGGAAAUGGAAGGAUUGUCAAAAACUGUUGAAUCAGAAAUUCAGGAACAGAAACGGUAAGUCGUAACUGACUAGAAUUGUUAAAACAUCGAAAUUCGUUCAAACUUGCUCCUUUAAUAUCUCCUGUAGUAAUGGAUUAUCUUGUCUGUAUAUUUUUAUGAAGGUGUGGUGAGCUGUUAGCUGCUGCGUCCACACUGAGCACCCAAGAACGCAGUCUACAGGCUCAAACUAUCAUGGCUGGAUUAUGA